GCCUUGGAGACUGCACGUUAACUAUAUAACCUUCGGAAAUCGCUAUUCUACGUUACUGGGAAAGGUUUUCUAUUUGUGCACCAAGGACAAGGGAUAAAUAGCAAGAUUUUAGACGAAAGAAAGUAUGUAAUCCUCAGCGAGCAAGGAUACAGUUUCUUUUGCCAACUCCGGACGGGUGUGCACCGUAUGGUGAUAUGCUAUGUUCAUUAAAAGUAAUCAGAACCGUUUAACUUUAAGGAUUCAGAGGUGGACACGUGUUAAAAAGACAGGAUCUCUGCAAAAACGCAAUACUCUGAAUAAUCGAUGAUUAGAUCAGUUGUCAAGGUGAUUACUUGAAUAACAGCAGAAAAAAAGGGGACUGGUUUUAUCUCUGGAUUAGCACCUGUUGUAAUUUACUGCAUUACCGACGGGAGCUGAGCGAAGUUAAAGUGGAAGCGGGAUCAUGAUGGACGCCGAACAGGAGAAUAUUACAUCAUUGAGUGAAGACACGUUCGAUGGAUUUUUGGAUAAUGCCAAUUUCUCUCUGUCUCAAAACCAGAGUGAUACAGGAGCAUCUUGGCUCAUCUUUGCCUCUGUCGGGUUAGCAAUUACCGUGACAGGCUUCCUCGAAAAUGUGGUGAGCAUUCUUGCUUUGAGUCACAUGCGACGGCCGUUAGAGCCAUUCCAUUAUUUACUGGUCAAUUUAGCCAUAGCUGACCUUAUUGUUGUGGGUUUUGCGUCCAUUGGUAACGCGUUGUUUUUAUACGCUCAGACGGUGGACCGCUCCUCGGAUACGUUUUGCUGGGCUCAUUUUUUCAUGGAGAUUUCUUAUAUAUCCUUACCGUCCACCUUGCUUGCGACGUCGGCACUGGUGUUUAACCAGUAUCUAGCUGUGUCCAAAAUACUAAACUAUAGAUCAAUGGUGACAAAAAGAAAAGUGGUCUUUUGUAUUACUCUUUUCUGGAUAUGUACUAUUGCUAUCGGCGCUGCCCUUCAAGCUGUUACCGCAUACAGGAACAGAAGUACAUUGCCAGAAAAUGCAGAUGGACAUUUUUGGGACACGCUAUGCGCAAUAUAUGACACCCAGGAUUAUUACACGUUUUCUGCGUACACAUACUUUAUUCUUUUCAUAGUCAUAACCACACUUGUUGCCAUAGUGUAUGCGAAAACAUACUUUGACAUCAAACAUCAACUUUCGGGGGUGAGGAACUUAAGACGCUCCAUUCGUAGAACCAGGAGCAGUGCGGAAUUCGAAGCCACGCAGCAAACCAAAGUGAACGCUACCAUUGCACUUCUGUUCGGAACUAUUGUGAUUUUUUGGUUACCUGGGAUCGCUGAUGCUCUGAUAACCGUUUAUCUUCUAUCCAUAGCGCAAGACUGCCAGCCUUGCAAAAUCAUUCAUCAAAUAACCAACUUAAUGUUCAUUGCAAAUGCUCUUUUGGACCCGGUUAUUUAUGGCGUUCGUAUUAAUCAGGUGAGAGGUGGUUAUCACCGAUUGUUAAAAAGAUGCACCAAGGUUUUGUGCCGCCAAUCACGGGCCGCGAACGUGAAUGGCUUGGGACGCCAAGGAGCAUUAACAUCGCUUGGGUAUGAGCGAACGUCACUGUAUGAGAGGGCAAACAAUGGUAUGGUUUUCUCCACUAAUUCAACGUCUCUUUGAAACACUUU